AUGUUCGAAGGCGAAGCAGAAGCCUGGUACAACAUCCCAGACUUCAACAUCUUCGAUCAAAACAUCACGGUGCUCGGCUUCUCGCCCAUCUUCCCCCAAGCACACUGCACAAACAACGGCGAAAUCUGCCAAAUGACAACUGGCGAAGGCGAGAUCAACGCAGCAGUGUCCAUAACAGCUCUCUGGGCUUCUAAUGCCUUCAACCUCACCUCGACCUACUUCAUCGUAGCUGGCGUCGGCGGCAUAAACCCUCACAUUGCCACCACAGGCUCUGUGACUUUCGCCCGCUACGCAGUCCAGUUCGAUCUUCAAUACGAGUUCUCUCACAAACAGGUGCCCGAGAACGCCACGUCAGGUUAUUACCCUCAAGCUGCAAACUACCCAGACGAGUUCCAUCCUAGAGACUACCCUGGCGAAAUCUACGGCACAGAAGCCUUCGAGUUGAAUGACAGUCUCAAGAAACGAGCGGUUCAUCUAGCCCGCAAAGCUACUCUCAACGAUACGGAAGCUGCUCAAUCGUAUCGCAAAACGUACCCCUACGCCCCAGCGAACCAAACCCCCACUGUUGUUGAAUGCGACACGGGAACGAGCAACAACUACUGGUCCGGUAGCAUCUUAGGCGAUGCCUUCAGCGCUUAUACUAAACUUCUCACGAACGGCUCCGGUCUCUACUGCAAUACCCAACAGGAAGACAACGCCAUCCUCGAGUCGCUGAUGCGCGGCGAUCUAGCUGCUAAACUCGACUUCAACCGCAUCAUUAUCAUGAGGACUGCUUCAGACUUCGAUCGUGCACCUCCAGAUGAGACCGAAGUGUUCCAUCUCUUGCAUGCCAAGCAGGAAGGGUAUGUGCCUAGUAUCCAAAACCUCUACCUGGCUGGAGUCGAGAUCGUGAGGGAUGUCCUUGGCAGCUGGGAGGAAGUCUACCGGCAGGGCGUGAAGGCUGAGAAUUAUGUUGGAGAUUUGUGGAAUAGUCUGGGGAGUGAGGUGGAGCCUGAUGUUGGGACGCCUGCAAUUUGGAUUAAUUGA